UCUUUAGAAUUGGCCAGAGCAACCCGCCGAGAAACGUGGAGGCCCUGGAAGUAUUUAAUCCAGGAGAUGUGCCCAUGGGGCUGUCACACAGCACAGAUUCAGCCACAUGCAGGUAGGCAGUUACCAGUUUAUGAACGAAAAGCCACGCUGCCUUCAGAGACUGGAAAAGAAACUGAAUAAUUUCACUUUUCCAUUUAAAUAUGGAGGACAUGAUUUUUGACUUCGACCAGGAUGCCACUACGGAUUUUGCCAUUUGGGGACAAAUGGACCAAAACUUUCAGUUUCAGAACCAGCUGGACAGCUUCCUGCUGGAUUACAGCACAGCCAGCGGCCAGCUCUCGCCCUGGUCCUCCUUCGGCAGUCAGUCCAUGUUCCCGGACGCACAGCUGACCCUCACCGACCUCGACGUGCUGUCUCCGGGGGCGGAUGUCUGCGCUGAAGGGGAAAGCUCGUCCAUGGACGACCCCCUGGAGGUGGCCCAGCGCAGGGCGCGGCGGCUGGUGCCCCAUCAUCCCUACAAGGUGCAGCGACAUGCCGCCAACAUCCGGGAGAGGAAGAGGAUGCUGAGCAUCAAUUCCGCCUUCGAGGAGCUGCGCUGCCAUGUGCCGACGUUUCCCUACGAGAAGCGACUGUCCAAGAUAGACACUCUGAGGCUGGCCAUAGCGUACAUCGACCUGCUGAGAGAGAUCCUCAUGUCGGGCUGCGACCCCAAAUCCUACGUAGACGAGUGCAUGAAGAAUGGCUACAAGAAUCAGACCAACGCCAUCUGGAACACAAGCGAUCUGACAGCCCGCCUCUCUUGGAUAAAGUGGGAUUAGCUGAGGAACAUGGGGCACCCUGAGUGUGGAGAUGGCAGCGGGGCGGAGGUUCAGGUUUGUUCCUCCCCCUUCUCAGUCUCUCUCUACAUGUCAAAGACAGGCGGCCGGCCUGCAUGACAGAGCCGACCGAUCGACAUCUGCAGACUUCUCAUCGGGUCACACACCUCAGGCUUCCUCAACUUCACCCACUCCUUCGUCCUCCGUGGCUUUUAAUAUUCUAAUUUAUUGUCGACUGGUAAUUGAGAGCCAUUGUUUCUGGGGCUGGGGAGGGAAAGAGGGUUGGCAUUGUUUGUCUAAAUGGAUGGCACUUGUCAGAGAGAGCGAGAGGGGCACACUGGCAUGAGACUGAAUGGACUUGCUAAGGGCUCAUACUUCUGCAUGUAGCGCUGAAGUGUUUUCUGGACUCUUGCUCAUUAGUCUGCGAGUCGAUGUGUUAAAAAAGAGCCUUGAUCAUGUAAAUGAGACAAUGGGCGUGAGAAGCAGAUCAGCCUAAUGUGUUUUAGCAUGUCAGGUGCUGUUUCCAAUAAGGCUCGUUUCAUGUGCAACCUCUAUCAUCUGUUUUAUUAUUUAUUUAUUUAUUUUAAAUUAUGGCCUAUUUAUGACAUUAUUCUUUUUGGUGACAUGUAUUUCAACAAACUGCGAUUAUUUAUUGUUCUGUAACGCAAAUAUGACCUAUGUGUUUUUUGUGAUUUAUUUGAAGCUACUUGUGUGUAAUUUUCCUGAAAUGGAUCGCCACAGAAAAGCACAUUUCUGUGAUAGUGUUAUGUAUUUGUUACCAAUGACCUCUACUCAGGAUCAUAAAAAAGCAUCCUUUUUUUUGUGGUAUAACGUUUUGUUUUGUAUUGAGGUCUUUAAUAAUAGGCCAAUAUAUAUUUACAAUAGGCACUCUCUUACUGUCUCUGGUUUUGUUUCCUGUUAGCUUUAUAGAUGACUCAACAAAUUACAGUUAGAUUUGGAUGAAUAUUUCUAUUCAUACCAGGGGACUAAGUUUAACCAAUUUCUUAUUGCACACACCCCAUAAAUGUAGUCAACACUUCAGGACAGUGAGUCCAAGUGGCGCGCUGACCUGGAUUAGUGUUACAGGUGUCAUUCCUCAGAAUGAGCUUUAUUCCCAGCUUUAACCUACUGCUGUGCCUGACACCAUGACGGAUAGACAGCUGGUACAAGUCGAGCCAACCCUCAAAGUCGCUUUUAGAAACAGGAAAAAGCAUGUACAUGUAGAAGUUCAGAAAUAAAAACUUCUAGCAGUUUGGUUUAAAUGGUCUUAUAUGUGGUAUAACAUG